UCUGAGAUGAGAUGAGCUCCUCGUGUAUGGGAAAUGACAGUGAAAGUCAGUCAUGUCAUCUUCUCCGCUGGCACACUCUCCCAUGCCAAAUUCAAUCGGUUGCAUUAUAUUUUAUUUCCUUUUAACUGCCAAAACCUUCCGCCAUCAACUUGCCCUUUCAUUCUCCCAUUUUCCAACCCUUUACUAUUCUCUAAACCCAUGAGCUAACCUCCACCUCCUAUAAAUACCCAUCGCCACUUCCCCCACUUUCCCCAUCACUCCGAAUCUUCUUUAACCAACCUUCGCCAUGCCUUCUCCCACCACUUUGCUUCCCCUCCUCUCCUUCUUCCUCCUUUCCACUUCCGCCCUCUCCUCCUCCUCCUCUCUGCUCAGCCGCAGGAGUGACAGCGAGGUGAGAGCAACCUACGACCUGUGGCUGGCGAAGUUUGGCAAGACCUACAACGGAAUCGAAGAACAGGAGAAGAGGUUUCAGAUCUUCCGGGAGAAUCUGAACUUCAUCGAUGACCAUAACUCUGAGAAUCGGACGUAUAAGGUUGGAUUGAACAGGUUCGCCGAUUUGACCAACGACGAGUAUCGGGCUGCGUAUUUGGGGACCAGGUCGUCCCCUGCUCGACGAGUCAUGAAGGACAAGAACGCCAGUCGCCGAUACGCCGUUAACAACCGCGACCAGUUGCCGGAAUCCGUCGAUUGGAGGGCCAAAGGUGCCGUUACUCCCAUCAAAAAUCAAGGAAGUUGCGGAAGCUGCUGGGCAUUCUCCACUAUAGCGGCAGUGGAAGGCAUAAACCAGAUCGUCACCGGAGAACUCAUCUCUCUCUCCGAACAAGAGCUUGUUAGCUGCGACAAAAAGUACAAUUCAGGCUGCAAUGGAGGCCUUAUGGACUAUGCCUUCCAGUUCAUCAUUGACAACGGCGGCUUGGACACCGAAGAAGAUUACCCUUAUGAGGGCUUGGACGGACAAUGCGAUCCCACCAGGAAAAAUGCCAAGGUUGUUAGCAUCGACGGGUACGAGGAUGUCCCUGCCAACGACGAGGAAACAUUGAAGAAGGCCGUUGCCCAUCAGCCAGUGAGCGUCGCCAUUGAAGCUAGUGGCUUGGCUAUGCAACUCUACCAAUCGGGUGUAUUCACUGGUGAUUGUGGCUCUGCUCUGGACCAUGGCGUGGUCGCUGUUGGAUAUGGCACAGAGAACGGGGUUGAUUAUUGGCUUGUAAGGAACUCUUGGGGCACGGGAUGGGGUGAGGAUGGCUACUUCAAGCUAGAGCGCAAUGUAAAGCACACUACCAAUGGCAAGUGUGGGAUAACAAUGCAGGCUUCUUAUCCUGUUAAGAACGGCAGCAACCCAACAGGAUCAUACUCGGCUUUGGAAACUGUUGGGGACAAGAACAAGAUUAGCACUGCCGCAAUAUAAACUCCUGGCAGUUUGGCGAGAAGAAAAAAAGGUGAAAUGGAGAGAAAUUAUGUCUUGAUAUUUCAAUUCCUAUUGGUCUGAAGUUGGGCCUAUUGUUUUACCUAGAAAUCUUAAUGUGCUUCUUUCUUGUAAAUGAUUCGGUUCAAUAUCAAUGUUCCUUAACAGUUUAAUGAUAUCUGUAGCAUUUAAGAAGGA